UGUUCUAUUUGAUACUGAUAUGAGUUACAUUUUAGAGAAAUCUUGUGCUCAUUUUGUCGGAAGAUCCAAGGCUGCUCCUGAUGAUGGUUCAUACCCUGCUGAGUUUGAGCUUCUCGUCGGUAAGAAGAUGUUGUUCAUAAUUGAUAAGGGAAUGAAGGUUACUAGGAUUGAUGAUGGAACUUUUAGAGUGAAGCGUGUGUGUAUGGAUGCUAAGAUUAUUGGGAGUUUUGCUGCUGAGGGACCAUAUGUCACUCCUGUUAGGAAUGUUUCUCCAGUCAUUAAUCUUGAUUCUGAUGCUGCAUCUCCUGAUGUUGAUUUUGUUGAAGAAACCCAGCCACUUGCACUCUUGAAAAACACUGCUGUGACACCUCCUGGUCUAGGUUAUAGUCCAGUGAAAAAUGACAUUGUGGUGAACACUGUGAAAAGGAGCCUCUCCAGUUCUUUUGAUAGCGUUCAACCAGAUGAAAAGAAGAAGCGUCUAAGGAAGAUCAAGAUCGAGAAUGAAUGAAUGUUGGUCUUAUUUCAUCUGUUGUUGUUCCAUCAUUGGCAGUGUAAUCUAUGUGUUUUGUGUUCAUCCCAUUAUAUUGUUAGUCUUUUGUUGUGUUCUUUCCAAGGGCUUUUGAUAAGUGUUAGAUCUUAUUUGCCCAAUGUAGUUUCUAUGUUAUUUUGGUGCUAUAGUAGCCUCUUGUAUUUUAUUGAAGAAGUGGGAUUGCUGUAUGUUGGAAUCUAUGUACAUUAAAUGGUGGAAGUUUUAUAUGUGAAUGUGAAUUGCUGUUCAU